AUGACUCUGAACCUCAUCCACCAUAAACCCUUUUCUUCUUUUUCUUCCAUCUUCUGCCUUCACACUUCCACUUCACUCUUCACUCAAACUCUUUCAAAACCCUUCUUCCUCUUACAAUCUAAAACCUCUUUGUCCUCUCUCUGGCUAUGUGCAUCUCCAUCCAAUGCCCCUCACUCUUCAACAACCCCCAUUUCCCUCCCAUAUUUCCACGAAGAAGAAGAAGAAGACAUAGAAGAUGAAGAAGGUCAUGACCCAGAUGAUCCAAACUACAAUUUCUCCGAUACUGACGCAUGGGUUUCCUUCCAAGACCCCCAAGACGAAGAAAAAUUGUACAUUGAGGAGAACCCUCUUACCUCGUGGCAUCUCGAUGAAGAACCUGAAAUGAGUUUGGGGAAUGAAGAAAUGGGGUGUUGUCAAAAGAGGGAAUUGCCUGAGGCUAAAGGCGUUGUGGGGGAAAUUAUUCAGCUUGCAAGGAACUUGCCUCAAAAUCUGACUCUGGAGAAGGCUUUGGUUAGGUACGAAGGAAGGGUCAAUGAUAAAGAGUGCUGGGAGGUUCUGGAAAUUCUUGGGGAGGAGCACCUCCUGGUGUGUUGUGUGUGUUUCUUUCAGUGGAUGAGGUUGCAGGAACCAUCGCUUGUUACACCCAAGGCCUGUGCUGUGUUGUUUCCAUUGUUGGGAAAAGGAGGAAUGGGUGAUGAGCUGAUGGAUUUUUUCAGAAACUUGUCGUCUAGCAAGGAGUUCAGAGAUGUUUACGUUUAUAAUGCCACAAUUUCAGGACUUCUGUACGGUGGCAGGUAUGAAGAUGCUUGGAAAGUGUAUGAGUCAAUGGAAACAGAGAAUAUUCAUCCAGAUCAUGUGACAUGCUCUAUUAUGAUUACCGUUAUGAGAGAACUUGGCCAUAGUGCAAAAGAUGCAUGGCAAUUUUUUGAGAAAAUGAAUAGAAAAGGGGUCAGAUGGAGUGAAGAAGUCCUGGGUGCAUUAAUAAAGUCGUUUUGUGCUGAGGGACUACUGAGGGUAGCUCUCGUCAUCCAAACCGAAAUGGAGAAAAAAGGGGUUUCUUCAAAUGUGAAUGUGUACAACACUAUGAUGGAAGCAUAUUGUAAAUCCAACCAUGUAGAAGCAGUUGAAGGCCUUUUUGUUGAGAUGAAAGCUAAGGGGAUUAAGCCUAUUAUAGCUACCUUCAACAUUCUAAUGCAUGCAUACAGCAUAAGAAUGCAACCCAAGAUUGUAGAAAAGCUACUGGCAGAAAUGCAGGAUGUUGGCUUGAAGCCAAAUGCCGAAUCAUAUACUUGUCUAAUCAGUGCAUACGGUAAGCAGAAAACCUUGAGUGACUUGGCAGCCACAGAUGCAUUCUUGAGGAUGAAGGAAGCUGGUAUAAAACCCACCUCACAUUCUUAUACAGCACUGAUCCAUGCAUAUUCGGUCAAUGGCUUGCACGAGAAAGCGUACAUGGCAUUUGAAAACAUGAAAAUGGAAGGUAUUAAACCUUCCAUAGAAACCUACAAUACUUUACUAGAUGUGUUAAGGCGUGCAGGUGAAGCUCAAACACUAAUGGAAAUAUGGAAGUUGAUGAAGAGUGAGAAAGUCAAAGCAACACAGACGACAUUUAACAUUCUUGUCGAUGGUUUUGCUAAACAAGGUCUCUACAUGGAGGCAAGAGAUAUAAUAUAUGAAUUUGGCAAUUUUGGAAUGCAACCAACAGUGGUGACAUACAAUAUGCUGAUGAAUGCAUAUGCAAAAGGAGGGCAGCACUCAAAACUGCCACAGCUAUUCAAAGAGAUGGCAGUUCUUAGAUUACAACCAGAUUCUGUAACUUACUCAACUAUGAUAUUUGCCUUUGUCCGAGUUCAUGAUUUUAACCGGGCAUUAUUUUUUCACAAGCACAUGGUCAAGAAUAGACAGAUGAUGGAUGGCAGCACAUAUCAGACGCUUCUGGCCAUUCUGGAGGCCAAAGCUGCUCGCAAAAACAAGGACUGGAGAGCCUUGCUUGGUAUGGUUAAAAGUAAGAUGGGUGUGAAAGUGAGGAGGCAGAAAGAUGAGUUCUGGAAGCACAAGAAAAGGCAUGUAAGAAAAAGUAGUUCUGAUGCGAGUGUACAGUAA